AUGAAUCCUGACAAGCUUAAGAAGUUGCAAGAGUCGGUGAGGAUCGGGGGCAAGGGUACACCAAGGCGCAAGAAGAAGAUUGUCCAUCAGACGCCUGGAACAGACGAUAAGAAAUUGCAGUCAUCGCUGAAGAAACUGGCCGUCAAUACGAUUCCCGGAAUUGAAGAGGUUAACAUGAUCAAGAAUGAUGGUAGCGUGAUUCACUUCAACAAUCCCAAGGCUCAGGCAUCACUGGCUGCCAAUACCUUUGCCAUCACCGGUCAUGGAGAGAAUAAGCAGAUUGUCGAUAUGCUGCCAGGAAUUCUCACUCAGCUCGGUCCUGAGGGACUCAAUCAUCUGAAACGUCUGGCCAAUGAUGUGGUCUGCAAUGAGAAGCUCCUCAAUGAAGAGGAAGAUGUUCCAGAACUUGUGGGCAACUUCGAGGAGGUGGCUGAGAAGGAGGCUGCCACUGUUGAGGAGGUCACAAAGAAAACUGAAGAAGUGACAGUAUCUUAGACAGGAGUUUUUCAGGACAAUAGACCGCUAAUAUUUUUUUUUAGAAAUCCGAGCGCGAUUUUUCGAUGAUAUUCAGGAGGUAAUCUCAAGAUUUGCUCCUCGAAAAUUAUACAUAUUCAGCAUUCCUUUCAGAAAAACAGACAUUUUAUUGUAUGGCCUUAGAAUGCCUUUCCGGUGAAAUAAAUUCCAAUAUUUUUUUCUGGUCAA